AUGUCCAACAACAAUCUCGACAACUUAGUCCCAGGCGUCAAGCCUGCUCUUUUCGAUCUCCGUAAAGAACAGGUUUCACAACAGCCAUCUUUGACCCAGAUUCUCUCCCAAGGACCAACUCUUGGAAAUGGUCCAGCAACUCAACCGCCCGCAGAAACCAUGAUGGGUGGCUUCUUCGGGUCUGGAUCGGCUAUGGCCACCCCACAGCAAGAUACUCAAGCAAUGCCUCCAAAUCAACAAGGAAAUAAUGCAGCUGUAGCAUUCGGCGCGGGAAUGCCUGCAUUUGGUGCGAGUAUGCCCACGUUCGGCAAUGGAUUCGGAAAUGAGUCCAAAUCCGAUUCUUCUUUCAAAUUCUCGAUCUCCCACAUGGUCCCCAAAUCAAUCGAUCAUGGAACCCUUAAGCAAGAGAACACCGAUCUCCACCUAAAGUUGGAGGAAGCCAACAAAGAGCUCGCUUGGAUCAAGCAGCAGCAUGAAUCCAAAGAAAAGGAAGUAGAUGAUCUUGAAUCCUCCAAUUUUGUAUUUCAAAUGGACAUCGGCGCUUUGAAAGACGAUGUCGACCGUUUGAAUCAGCAGACCGAAGAAGCGAAGGAGAAGAUCGCAAAACUAGAAGCUGAACUUGUGAUUUCAGAAUCAUCGUGCGAAUUUCUUGAAGAUCAAAUCCGAGAAUCUGGUAUGGCCCCAGGAUAUCCAGACCAACCUUCUGAGAAUGAGCUUUUGGCGAGAGACCUGGAAAUUCUCGACCUCAAAGAAAACAUUGACAAACUCCAUGAUGAAUUAAAGAAUACUCGAGGAACAGCCGAUAAAGAGUUCAAUAGGCUUCGAGGGGUGAUCGCCGGUCAAGAAAAUGCGCUCCAGUCUAUGAAUGCCGAAAAGAUUGAUGUGCAAGUUGCUUUGACAGACAAGACAACAGCAGUUAACUUGGUCAAUCAACAUAAUUCGACCAUCUUGCAACUCCGAGCAAGCAUUCAAGAUCUCAUCUCUCAGCACGAAAAGGAAAAGUCCGAUGCGGAAAUCAAAUUCAACCAGCAUAUUGGAGAGAAAACCAAACUGGAACAAGAUCUCAACCAACUUCAGCAAGAGUACGAGAGCGUUAAGUUCAAUGCAGACACGAUUGCCAAGGAGAGAGAUUCUGCUGUGGCCGGUCAAGCUCAAGCAGUCAAUGAAAGAGAUGUUGCUGUGGCCGGUCAAGCUCAAGCAGUAAAGGAAAGAGAUGUUGCUGCGGCCGGUGAAGCUCAAGCAGUUAAGGAAAGAGAUGUUGCUGUGGCUAGUGAAGCUCAAACAGUCAAGGAAAAAGAUGUUGCUGUGGCUAGUGAAGCUCAAACAGUCAAGGAAAAAGAUGCUGCUGUUUCUGGUGCUGCCAAAGCUGCUAGCGAGCGCGUUGCUGCUAUCACUAGAGAUGUUAAGAAAAGACAUUCAGCUGGAUCUAUUUCAAACUCAAUUGUUAACGAGGAACCACGAGGCAGCAAGUCUAUCAUACAAAAACUCGAGGACGAUCUCACACACUCUCAACAACAAGUUCAGACGCUCACCGCUGAAAAGGCACAGUUGGUCGACACGAUGUCUCAUCAAUCAAAGAUUGUAGAGAGAGAUCAUCCCGCACUAAUCAAAAAGACUAGAGAAGUCGAAGAGCUUGCCGUGGCACUUCAGAAGUUACAGAAGGAUCAUUCUGCAACUUUGAAAUCAAUGAAUCGUACUAUUCAUUCUGAAACCUCAGCUCACAAAAAGACUUCUGCUCAGCUUGAAUCCCUUAAAAAAGAGGUCUUAGAGCAAAAAGCUAGAUUUAGAUGGAUGAAAUGCGCGAUUAGGGUCCGUGAUGAGAACGCUGCUUCUGGUAUUGAAAUCCCACAUUGCAGCCAACCUUGCAGCCCAGUCUUGCGUCCUGUACAAUCUGCAGCGGAAGCACAAUUAGAUCUGGAGAAGAUCCUCAGGGAUCUUUUUGAUCCUGAAUCAGAAAGAAGAUUAAUCGAUGCAACUAGGAAGGCAUGGGGCAAGACAGAAGAAAAGUCCGGACAGCCCAUCCACGACGAUGAGACUUCUGCUACUAAGGAGUCUGCAGAAGUUGCCUCAGCGGAAAUUCCGGAAAUUCUCCUAUCUGUACCGGAGUCUACUGGCAAAUCUGUCCCAGUCCAGGAAAGCACGGCAAUCGAUGAACAGAUUCCAAUGCAAAUGGUUGUGGAAGCACCAACUUCACCUACUCUUGCACUUGUACCGGAGUUUGUGGCUGAGAAUUUCUUAGCCAUGGAACGCCCAGAAAUCUCAGAACAGACCCCAAUCCCAGUGAUUGUUAGCAAGGGGAAAUCACUUCCUAGGUCUAAGAGUUAUUUUUGGUCAAAGUUUUUCUUCAUCGUUUUGUUAACCAUCUCUUGGCUUGCCUUAAAUGGAUACUUUGCCGCUUCCUCUACCGGGUCUACCACAGGGGUCAUUCGAUUAAUUGAUGCACCAAGACCGGCAAUCAUUCCAAUUGCCACAAUGAACGCACCAAUAGUUGCGACGAGCACGACCUUUCAGUUAGCAGUAAUACCAGCAACAGCUUCAGCUUCAGCUUCGGUCCAAUCCCCUCAGGUCACAACAGUUGCUGCUCUUUCGAGCUAUACCGACUACUUCACCCCCAAUUUUACAGCGAAGCGGAAUCAUUUACCUGUACCGAAUCGUUGUCAAGGUCAAGUCAGUCGUUACCUGGGACCUUUCCAACACUUAUGA